AACGAUCAGAAGAAUGGCGGGUCUUCCUUCGCCUUCUGAGGUUGCUGGAAAUCAUUUUGCCUUAUAUGAGGGUUUAUAUCAACAGGCUCAAAGUUAUUCAUGAAUAGGCUCUUCUCAGCAAGCUCAGAAACUUCAACAUACAAACUGUAUAUUUCCUGGCAAACUCUGAGCUAUAAAUCUUCAUGCACAACUGUUAUCAACCUUAUCAUUUAUUAGAAAGUUGAUCCAGCAGGAACGGGUUGUGUUGGAGCCAUAGAAGCUGCUGCUUUUUUAAAGAAAUCUGGAUUAUCUGAUGCUGUAUUAGGAAAGAUAUGGGACCUCUCUGAUCCAAAUGGAAAAGGUUUCCUUGACAAGAAUGGAAUGUUUGUAGGUCUGAAACUAAUAGCUCUUGCUCAAAAUGGGCAGAAUGUUGAUAUGACUAAUAUAAAUCAACAAGUGCCUCCUCCUAAUAUGGGUCCUACAACAUCAAGUAAAAAAAUGUCUACAGUUAUUGAUUGGUCUAUAAAGCCAUCAGAACGUAAUAAAUAUGAAGAAAUGUUUAAUUCUCUGAAACCAACCAAUGAGAAGUUGCCUGGAAGUACAGUUAAACCUGUUAUGCUGAAUUCCAAACUUCCACUAGAAACUCUGGGAAAGAUAUGGGAGCUAAGUGAUAUUGAUAAAGAUGGUUUUUUGGAUAAAGAUGAAUUCAUUCUUGCAAUGCAUUUGGUUUACAAAGCUCUUGAAAAUAUACCAGUUCCCUCAGCAUUACCUCCAGACCUAAUUCCUGUGUCUAAAAGGAAGAAGUCUCUACCUGGUGCAGUCCCGGUGUUACCAGACCUCUUACCUGGGAUGGAUGGUGGUCUUAUUGGCCAUAGAUCCAGUACACCUACUAUUGAUAUAACUCUAAAAAAUAUUCACAAUAAGAUAGCAGUACCAUGGAUAGUGAAUGCCACAGAAAAAGCAAAGUAUGAUGACAUUUUUCGAAAAAUGGACCAAGACCAGGAUGGUUUUGUGACAGGACCAGAUGUCAAAGACAUAUUUAUCCAGUCUGGUCUUUCUCAGAGUGUUUUAGCAUAUAUCUGGGGUUUAUGUGAUAUGAAAGAGAAUGGAAAAUUGAAUUCUGAACAGUUUGCCCUGGCAAUGUACUUGAUUAACUUGAAACUUCAUGGUGGUGACAUACCUCCUGUACUUCCUCCAGAGAUGAUACCUCCAACAUUAAGGCCAAAACCUAGCAGUGAGUCAUUCAGUUUACAGGAAGGAGUUACCCCUGUUGUGGAUGAUCUGCUGACUGUUGGCAAUAAAGAACUGGACAUAAUGAAUUUGGAAGUCAAAGAUUUGCAGAAAGAGAAAAUACAGUUAGAACAAGAUAUAGCACAAAAAGAAGCUGACAUGAAAAUCCGUAGUGGAGAAUUAAAAACCCUUCAAAAUGAAGCAGAGGCUCUUUUCACAAUGUUGAAACAACUAGAAGUUCAAAAAAGAGAGGCUCAAAAACGGUUGGAUCAACUAGAUAGUCAGAAAACAUCUGUAGAGAAUAGUUUAUCAAACCUGAAGCAGCAAGUAGAAGAUGAAGCUGAACAGGUGGGAAGUUUGAAAACCCAAGUAGAAGAUCAGAAGAAAUCUUUACAGGAACAAGAGGAAGCACUCAACAAGAAAAGAUACGAGUUAAAUGAUUUGAGACAAGAAGAAGCCCAAUUAGAACAGCAAGUAGAGUCGGGAAGAAGUAAACUUGAGAGUCUUGCCAACACAUUACAAGAGGUACAGGCACAAGUUUCUCAGACAAAAGGAAAAAUUACUCAGUUUAAAGAUCAGCAAAUGGUAAUGAAAGAAACAUUAGAGCAGUUUGAUUCAGCGAUUAGUAGUGGUAAUAUAGCCACCAUCAGUGAGCAUUCUCUACGAGCAUUUACUCCAGCUAGCUACGAACCAGAAUAUCAGAAACUGUCGAACACAGCUGGUAGCAGUCCUGUGAGUAGUCUUAGUGCUUUCAGUGUAUCAGAAGGACCUGAUGAUUUCAAGGAUGAUCCAUUUAAGGCUAAAGAUCCUUUCAGUGGUGUCAAUGGGUAUACAGACACACCAGAUCCAUUUAGUAAUGAAGAUCCUUUUAAAGGAGAUCCUUUUAAAUCUGAAGGGGUUGCAAGUAAUGUGUCUGCUGAUCCAUUUGGUUGGGAUCCAUUUAACGAUGGAUUUGGAAAUCCCUCAUCUGUGCAGGAACAAAACCCAACUAAAGCUUCUAAUCCAGAACAGAAGGUUGAUCCUUUUGAAAAUACUGAUCCAUUUGGUAGUUUUCCAGCAACUUCCAUUAAUUCUGUAUCAUCUGAUCCUUUUACUGCUGGAAGUGCCACACAGAUUUCAGCUGGUUCUGAUGCAAAGUUUUCAGCUGCUGCAGACCCAUUUGGAGCUGAUCCUUUCAGUCCUGCUCAAAUUGCUCCUCCUAGACCAGAAAGUCCUACCCCAGCACUUCCACCUAAAAAGAGUAAAGCUCCGCCUCCAAGACCUGCUCCACCAAAACAUGUAGGUGGAGGAGGGAAGUCAGGGCCAACCCGAGCAGCUCCUGCUCCUCCACUACCGCCUUCUGUACAUGACCCAUUUUCAGCUAACUCCGCAAAGCCUUUUAUAUCAGGAUCCACCAAAGUACCAAUACAGACUUUUAAAACUGAAGUAUCUAAUCAAGAUGCUUUUGAAUCUGUGUUUGGAAGCAGUCAAAAAUCAGGAAGUUUUAUUAGUGCGGAACAGAGAGGCCAAGAUCCAUUUGACCCCUUUGGAACAGCAGGAGGAAAUGACCCUUUUGCAUCUUCAACUGGCACCCACCAGGAUUUUGCCAACUUUGCAGAUUUUGAGAAGUUUGUUCCUUUUCUGCAUGAGACUCUUGACAAGCCUGUUAAGCAUAAUUACAAAAAUAUGAGUGAGCAGGAACAACUGGCAUGGGUAACAGAAGAAAGUAUAAGAUUGGAACAAGAAAGAAAGAAUGCUGAAGCCCAGGAGCAAGCUGAUUUAGAACUUGCUUUAAAACUUAGUAAAGCUGACAUUCAUGCCAAAUGAAACUGAUUUAUAUUUGGAAAACAAGAAAUCAUGAAGAUGAAAAUUAGGUUAUCACUGUUUAAUCCAAUUAAACUCCACCCAUCCCUUCAUGAAGCAUUCAUUUAAAAUUAUUAACAAACCAUCUUCUGGGUUAGUCAUGAAACAGGACGCACCUCCAUCUAGCUGUAUGUUUGGUAUACAAUUUUAGCUGAAUUCAGAUAUUUUUGUAGGUGAGUUUUUUUUUUUAAAUUCUAACAUUUAUUUUUGGUCCAACCACAUUUUAUUAUUUUUAAUGGUUUUUGCUUCAACUCAUUUAUAAAUAUUGAAGCUGUGUGAAAACAUUUCACUACUACUACUACUACUCAGUAUUGAAAACUGUUGCUGACUAUAUUUCCAAAUUCUGUUUUCAGUGCUGAAACUUAGCAUCAUUCUUUCACACAAACUUCACUUUCAAAUUUAAAUUUUCAGUGCUUUAACUUUUAUUAGCAUAGUUCUUUCAUAUAAACCUGAAGAUAACAUAUUGUAGUGUCUUUAGGGAGGAAGAUGAUGAUGAUAAAGCUACUCUGAUGUAUAAUGUAGCUUCCAAACUCUUAUUAUAAAAGAUAAAUA